AUGAGACCUCAGACUCUGUUUCGUCUGCCUAUACGGCACAUGGUACGCAGGUCCAUUUCGGACGAUGCAUCUCGUCCAUUUCCUUCACCAUUCCCUACCCGUCCAGCUCAACACAUGGAACCAACCGAUUCACAAACCUUGGCUGACAUUGUAGAUGCUUCAACACCAACUAAACCGGAUCCCACCAGACCUGAUGCCUUUCUUCAGCAACAUCACUUUGACACUUAUAAUCUCUUGCAGAAUCUCGAACAACAGGGUUUUAGUAGGGCUCAGGCUGAAGUAUUUAUGAAGGGAAUCAAAUUCAAGUUACGAGAAAGUGCUGCUUUGGUGCGCCAACGACUUUUACUUCGUUCUGAUCUCGAAAAUAGUAAAGAGUAUAAGAAAGAAACAAAGAGAGGGGAAAUACUGAGAAGCUACAACCAAUUAGUGACAGUUUUUCGUCUACAGGAAUCGUAUCUUCUUAAGGCUGCCUUGUCCGAAUUGAGAACAGAAGUACAAAUAAUGCGUCGUAAUGAUACCCAGAUGCUACAGGCUGAAGCUUCGAUGAUCACUCGGGAGGUCGAGGCAUUGGGACAGCGCCUAAAUGAAGACGUGGCUCUGAUGAAGAAUGAGGUGACACUGGAUAUGAAUAAUCGUAAGAAUGAGACGCGUGAGGAGCAAAAGGCAAUUGAUAUGCGGAUCCAGGAGAUCAACAACAAGUUUACUAUCCAACUUGGUGAUGUUCGCACGGAUUUAGAGGCAGUUCGUUGGGAAACGAUCUGGAAGGGCAUGGCUGGUGUGGCAGCAGCAGGGUUGGGAAUCGCAAGCCUUGGAUACUUGCUAACUCGUUAUGCAGAACGAAAAGCCAACUCGAUCUAUAUUGAACAACAAAAGAAGCUGAAGAAGUUGCAGGAAGAGGCACGUCACGCAGGCACAGCAGACAUGGAAGUGGUUUAUUAG